CGAGGCACCCGCGACUCCUCAAAGCCUCGCCUCGCGUCGCGCCGCGGCGCACCACCCCUCCCUCCCCCUCUCCGCCCCGCCCCACCCCACCCCCGCGCGACCUCGCAAUGGCCGCCCUCCUCCACCUCCAGUCCUCCGCCACCGCCGCCGCGGCGCCCUCCUUCCUCCUCCUCCGCCGCCGCGGCGGCGGCGUCACGGCGCCGGCAGGGAGCAGCCGGCGGCGGCGGGCGUGCUUCCGCGUGGAGGCGAAGAUCCGGGAGAUCUUCAUGCCGGCGCUGAGCUCGACCAUGACGGAGGGGAAGAUCGUGUCGUGGACGGCCUCCGAGGGGGACCGCCUCGCCAAGGGCGACCCCGUCGUCGUCGUCGAGUCCGACAAGGCCGACAUGGACGUCGAGACCUUCCACGACGGCUUCCUCGCCGCCGUCCUCGUCCCCGCCGGCGAGUCCGCCCCCGUCGGCUCCGCCAUCGCGCUCCUCGCCGAGUCCGAGGACGAGAUCCCCGCCGCCCAGUCCAAGGCCGCCUCCCUCUCCUCCUCCUCCUCCUCCUCUCCACCACCUCCGCCUCCCCAAGAAUCAACCCCUCCCCCUCCCCCGCCACCUCCUCCAGCGCCAGUAGCAGCAGCAGUCUCCGCUCCCGCGCCUCCAUCCCCAGCCUCGCAAGGCGGCUUGCGCGUGGUCGCGUCGCCGUACGCCAGGAAGCUAGCCAAGGACCUCAACGUCGAUCUCAACUCCAUUACCGGCUCUGGCCCUGGCGGGCGGAUAGUGGCCAAGGACGUCGAGGCGGCGGCGGCUGCGCCAAAGAAGGCGGCGCCCGUGGCGGCUGCUCGGCCCGAUGUGCCGCUGGGUUCGACGGUGCCAUUCACGACAAUGCAGGGUGCCGUCAGCAAGAACAUGGUGGAGAGCCUCGCCGUGCCGACGUUCAGAGUCGGUUACACCUUCACAACCGAUGCUCUGGAUGCACUCUACAAGAAGAUUAAGCCGAAGGGUGUGACAAUGUCGGCCCUGUUGGCGAAGGCGACUGCAAUGGCGCUCGUGCAACACCCGGUUAUAAACUCCAGCUGCAGAGAUGGGAAGAGCUUCACUUACAACAGCAGCAUAAACAUCGCUGUGGCAGUGGCCAUCGAUGGUGGGUUGAUUACGCCAGUGCUUCCUGAUGCUGAUAAGCUCGACAUUUAUUCUUUGUCGAGGAAAUGGAAGGAGUUAGUCGAUAAGGCUCGAGCGAAGCAGCUACAGCCCCAUGAAUACAAUUCUGGCACCUUUACUAUUUCAAACCUUGGUAUGUUUGGAGUUGACAGAUUUGAUGCAAUCUUGCCACCUGGAACUGGUGCAAUCAUGGCCGUUGGAUCAUCACAACCAACACUUGUUGGUACAAAAGAUGGUAGUAUUGGGAUCAAGAACCAAAUGCAGGUCAAUGUUACUGCUGAUCAUCGGGUUAUUUACGGAGCUGAUCUUGCCGCUUUUCUGCAAACUCUUUCCAAGAUAAUUGAGGAUCCCAAGGACCUUACAUUUUAGACACAUCCAGCAAUUGUUUUUCCCUGAGGCAAUUGCGAUAGGAUAUGCUUCCCCGUAGAUGUGUAGCAUGUGUUUCUGGUCAUGUAAGUUAGUUGUUUAAGCUGUCACCUAUGUUGGUAUGGGGUAACUUCACUGGCUGGUUACCUUCUUAUCAUUGGUUUGUUCAAUAAGCUUUUACAAUUUUAUUGGGAUAGGGGCCGAGUAUGAUACAUAUUGCCUUUCACCGGAAGACUGAUUUUUUAUUUUGUCGAGCUCGAUGUACAAUGGAUCCAUGCCCUGAAUACAACGAAAUGAAACAGUGUUACAGCUUGUGUA